CCGCAUCCUCCUGCAGCCUGCUCGAAACCCUCCUUCCUCCUCCUGAAUUCGUCAACCGGUCUCCCAAAUCGUAGCGGCAAUCGGAUUGUUUGGUCUCGAGACUGAGCUGUGCUCCAGUCCGUGAGCUAUUCGUUGAUUUUUCCAGCGUGAAGGCGCCGAUUUUUGGGCCGUUGGCUGUGGUGGCCGGUUCGGCGUCUCUGGAUCCGGCUGGCUUCCCGCGAUAGAUCGGGCCAUUGGAGCAGCACAAUACUUCGGAUUCUUGAUGUGUCCGUAGCUGCACUCGCGGUGACCUUUUUUGAGGAAGCCGGUUGAAUUCGUAGACCUGAAGAUUUAUUAGCUGGCCCACGCCAUUUUCGGCAAUAAAAUAUUCGGCUGUUUCAUAGCAAUUUCAGGGUCCUUCUCAAUCUUCUGAAGAAGCGAGCAGAGACGGCUUUUGAACCGGGCGAUGCAGGCCAAGGCUCGGAUCCACGCUGACCCGGUCCAUGAGUUUGACCAAUUCGACUGCUUGCACGAUUCUCUUGUGCUGCUGAUCCUGAACAAGCUCGAGGACGUGCGUUCACUCGGCAGGUGCUCUGCCGUGUCCAAGCGAUUCAGUGGCCUGGUUCUCCUCGUCCAUGAUGUGCGUGUCAAGAUCGACCACGUUGUGACCGUGGACGGCGGCGCCGAUGACGCUCUGAACCUGUCGUCACCGAAGCCCCACAACAUCAUCUCGCAUCUAUUCAAGAUGAUGCUGUUCGCGAUCGCCAAGCCCUUCCAUGACAUGCGGAGCCCCAUUAGCGCAGGGCGGCUGCUGUUCCCUCAGCUCUCUCAGCAUUCACCGGUGCAGGUGCUGAAGAACUUCUCCCAUGUUCGCAAUCUUCAGGUAGAGCUCCCCUCCGGAGAUGUUGCAGUCGAGGAGGGGGUUCUGCUGAAGUGGCGGGCUGAAUAUGGCAGCACACUUCAGAGCUGCGUGAUCCUUGGUGGAACCUUGGUUGAUCGCAAGGCCGCUGGCAGUGGGCAUGAGCCAUCACCGGAUGACAAGGGAAGCAUGCCAGAAUCUUUCUAUACCAAUGGUGGGCUGAAACUCCGUGUCGUAUGGACUAUCAGCUGUUUGAUUGCCGCGUCGACAAGGCACUAUCUUCUCCGGUCGAUCAUCAACGACCAUCCGACGCUGAGGAGCCUGGUCUUGGCAGAUGCCGAGGGACAGGGCGCACUCUCCAUGGGGGCAGAGCAGCUGAAUGAUUUCAGGGAACACCAAUUGUCAGCCUCACCAUGUUCUAACAGGACGCAGGUGCCGGCAUGCAACAUGAAGCUGAAGUACGCUCAGUACCUCGAAUUGCCUGGUGGCUUGGCACUGCAAGGUGCAACCUUGCUUGUCACCAAGCCUGCCAGCGAUGGUCAUGGCAAUCGCAAGGAAGUUGAAGCCUUUGUUUCAAGCGCGUUCGAUGGACCCUUGAGGUUUGCUGCGAAGGCGCUGAUGAAGAGGCGCACCUAUCUCCUGGAGAUGAAUGGGUUCUAGAGACCUUGUUUUUUUGGUGCUUCUUAUGAGGAACUCCUGUCUGUCUGGUCUUUGUAUAUACACUAUAGUCAUCGAAGCGGAUGGACAUGAUAUCAGAUUAAUGCCUAAAGUAAGCAUGCGUAGAGAAUUGAGAUGUCUCGUGCACGGUGGCAGUUUGUGCCUACU